AUGGAGGCGAUCUACGGCAAGUUGAACGAGCUAGAGGCACACGACGCACAUCGUCAAUAUGGCUACAUGCGCAAGGUCGAGCCCAUGCAGCGUGCACUACUAGAACUCGAUGCCGCCGUGCUGCUUGUUGGCGUCCGGGCCUCCCAGACACAGCAGCGUCAGCAUAUGAGACUCGUGAAUGUGCACAAAGGCCGCCUCAAAGUUUGCCCGAUCCUUAAUUGGGGCAAGAAUAUCGUCGAGCAGCGUAUGGCAAUGAAUUAG